AUGGUGAUCCAGGCUGUUCUGGCGAGUUUUGGCUCGCUUUCCACGACUCUGGUGGGCGCGUCAGCUCUGCCUGGUGUGUCCUCGUAUGUGGCUGACGCGGGGUUUCCAACCAGUGCUUUUUCCUCGUAUUACUAUUCUCCGGCCCAACCAACCCAGGAACCACAGCCGGUGAUAUAUGACCCGGUGCUGAAUUACACGUUCCCUCACAACCUGACCGAUCCCGAGACCAUUCCCGAGGAGAACGUCGAUGACCCGGUGCUGUUCCCACCGCCGGUUGCGAAUCUGUCGGCGAGUCAGAAGCGGAGUCUUGUCGACGCCGUCGUGGCUAAUGUCACCCGGAUCAUUGUCGAGACCAACGCCACGGAGAGCAGCUGUGCGAGAUGUAUGAACGCGCUCGCUGCGGCCAAGCCGGCAGCGCUGUAUGCCCCGGAGCUUGUUCCCGAGACUCUCGUUUCGCUGUGCAAGCAGUACGCGCUGCAUUCCAAUGCGACGUGUGAAGAGGACUUUGCCGCGUCGACGUUCGGCGCCGCCUGGACGCAGGUGCUGGCGUAUGCAGACGUCCAGGGGCUCGACGGGCAGUACAUGUGCUGGUCGAUCAGCAAGUCGUUCUGUGCGGAACCGACGACACAGCCGCUGGACACGACAAAGCUAUUUCCCAAGCCGAAACCCGCGAAUGCGACGGUGCCCCCGCCCAGCGGCAAGCGGGUGAAAGUGCUACACAUGUCCGAUCUGCACCUGGAUGCACGGUACGCCGUGGGAGCCGAGGCCAACUGCUCGUCGGGCCUGUGCUGCCGCACCAACAACUUCAACCGGGCGUCGCCGGGGGAGCCACUUCUCCCGGCGAACGCCUACGGCGGGUUCCAAUGCGAUACUCCCUACGACCUGGGUCUCGCGGCUUUGCAGGCCGUCGGCCCGCUGACGGGGACCGGAAAGGGCGACGACGAGGAGUCGCUGGCCUGGACGGUGUACACGGGCGACUUGGUGUCGCAUGACCCGCAGUCCGAGCUGUCACAGGCGUACACCAUGUACGCCGAGACCAGCGUCUAUGGCAUGUUCAAGCACUUCCUCACGGGCCCGGUGUUUGCGGCGCUGGGCAACCACGACACCAGCCCGGAGAACCUGGACUCUCCGCAUAACAUGCCGGGCCCGUUGGGUCAGCAGCAGAGCUGGAACUACGACCACGUCGCGGGCUUGUGGCUGCAUGAAGGAUGGAUCAGUCCCGACGCUGCGAGACAGGCCCGUACGCAUUACGGCGGGUACUCUGUCAAAACUCACUACGGCCUACGAAUCAUUGCAUUCAACACAGACCUCUGGUACAAAGGGAACAUCUUCAACUUCAUCAACUCGACCGACGCAGACAACUCGGGCGUCUUCUCCUGGAUGAUCUCCGAGCUGCAGAGCGCCGAAGACGCCGGCGAACGCGUCUGGAUCAUCGGCCACGUCCUCAGCGGUUGGGACGGGACCAACCCGCUGCCCAACCCGACAAACCUCUUCUACCAGAUCGUAGCCCGGUACGCUCCGCACGUCAUCGCCAACAUCCUCUGGGGCCACACGCACGAAGACCACAUCCUACUCUACUACUCGCACAACGGGACCGUGCGGGACGACGCCCACGCCCUGGCCACCGCAUGGAUCGGCCCCAGCGUCACCCCGCUGACGAACCUGAACAGCGGCUUCCGUCUGUACGAGGUCGACACGGGCGAUUUCCAGAUCUACAAUGCCUACACGUUUUUCAGCAAUGUGUCGGAGUAUGAUGAUCAUGUCUUCCUACCGAAUGCCACCGCCUCCACAGGCCCGACCUUUCAGAUCGAAUAUUCCACACGAGACACGUACGGACAUGCGGCUUCCUGGUCACACGCCGAUCCCCUCAACGCCACCUUCUGGCACCGCGUCACCGAGGCCAUGGAGCGGGAUGCCAACCUUGUCUCCCUGCAGAAUACCCUGCAGGGCAAACGGAGCGUCUUGAGUCCCAACUGUACCGACUCUUUCUGUCAGGAGGCAAAGAUCUGUUAUAUGCGGAGUGGGAGUGUGGCACUCGGGAGCCAGUGUCGUCAGGGGUAUGGAUCGGUGCAAAGUGCUUUUAAGCCAUAG